CCCCCCCACCGCUACCCCAUUGGUCUAACGCCACCGCCACCACGACCACCAUCCGAGUGGCAUCGCCGCAACUUCCCUCACUUCGUCCCCAACUCCGCUACCGCUCUGAGGUCCACUCCGGAUUUUUGUUUCCACCCCCCGCGGGCCACCUCGUAGGGAACCUCUCAAGCGUCCUGCUCAGCGAUGGAGUUCAACGUGCGGAGGAUGGUGUCCGAUGCUGGGACCCUGAUCACGAGGGCUGUGCAGAUGGGCAGCGGGGAGCGGCCGCCGGAGCCCGUGGAGAGGGGAGAGGACGGAGCCGUGAUGGCCCAGAUGAUGGAGAGGGUGGAGGUGACGAGGAGACGCAGCGAGGGUCUGGUGCACCACGCGCAGGCCCUGCUGCAGCCGAACCCAAACCUCAGGCUGGAGGAGUUCUUCCUGGGCAAGUUGGACCGCAAGGCACCAGCUCGCGCCACCGCUCUGGAGCAGCUGGGGCAGGCCAUGACGGAGGCUGCCAACGACCUGGGCCCUGCCACUGCCUACGGCCGGGCGCUGCUGCGCUGCGGCGAGACUCAGCAGCGGCUCGGCCUGGCUCAGAGAGACUUCGCGCGAGCCGCCUCCACCACCUUCCUGCGUCCCCUGCAGAGCUUCCUCGACUCCGACUGCCGCGUCAUCGCGGCAAGUCGCACUCUCGCGAGACCGGGGUGA